AUGGCUGACCUAAAAAAGAUAGCGUUCCCAAUGCUGGCAUUUUCUGUAUUGUAUCCAUGGGUAAUUGCAGUGAGUGAAGAUCUGUGGUUUAUCAAUUACCACAUCCAUAUAGUGAACGAUGCGCCUAAUGAUUUACCACCGGGAAUUCCAUCACUGCGUCUACAUUGUAUGUCUGGGGAUAGAGAUAUUGGUGAAAGGUGGAUGCUUCAGCAUGAGGAUUACACAUGGGAUACCAAAAUCAACCUCAUCAGAACCACACUCUUCCACUGCAAUAUAUGGUGGGAAGGGAAGAAGCUUUUCUUUGACGCUUUCAAGGCCACCCGAGACGAACGUCGGUGCCGGAAGUAUCAUAACUCUUGCAUGUGGUCUGUGAGGGAAGAUGGUGUUUAUUUCAGCAAUGAUAAUUCCACCUGGUUUAAUUCCUAUCCAUGGAAGAUUCAAUAA